AUGUCCUUACAGUCCUCACGUUUAAAGGAAGAAUAUGUUCCCUUAGUUGAAAUCAGAAGACCAAUACCUCCAGUUCUUGAUUAUCAAAAAAUCGAUUCAAUGGUAUCAACUUUAAAUGGUAUUCCAAUGGCAUCAGCAACUUGUGGUAUACAAGAAAUAACCGCUGGUGAAUUACCUCCUAUAGAUGUGUUUAAAGUUAGAGAAAGUGGAAGGAAUUAUUUCUUCGCUUUUGGAGGUUGUCAUCGAUUUCAGGCUUAUGAAAAAAUUGAUAAAGAUAAUGGUGAAAAAGUCACUAUGGUCAAAUGCAGAAUACUUCCUGCCACUCGUAAAACCCUUAAAGUUUAUUUAGGAGGUUCAGUUGAUGAAAUGUUUAAUGAUAAUAAUGUUGCCCCCGAAGUUUAA